AUGGCAGCACCGGCGACAAGCCCGUUGGUGGCUGGGGUAGUCGAGGGGUUACCGGCAGCUGCACAGACCAAACUGGCAGAGCAGCUGCAGAAUCAAGCACUGCUGGAACUGGACGCUGCGCGCUGCCGCCUGAACGAUACGAGUUUGCCGGCUGUUCUACAGCUGUUGCCACCUAUUCCCUGGUACACCAUCCGGCACCGAUCUGCCAACUUUCCCAGUCAUGUCUCUUACAUUGCCAACGGCAUGGGUCCGGUUACCGCUUGCGAGCUGAUACCUCUUGCUGGCACUACCUCUGCGAAACAGGUCGCACACGAGCACGAGUGGAGGUCGCUGAGCCUUAGCUUUAACAAAAUCCGCGCCGAUGCCGCAGAUAGCCUCACAGCGCUGCUAAAGCGCGAGUUGUUGGUUCUUGAUAUCUCCCAUAACGCACUGGGAGAUGAAGGUGCCUUUGUAGGGUCUUGCAGAUGGGUUGCUCAUGGGCGCGGCGUUGACACGGCUCGCAUUGGCCAAAGCCCAGAUUUGCGGGGCAACCGUAUCGGUGACAAGGGCUUUAGCCGAUUGACGCAGGCAUUGCAAUCGGCUGCCACCAAGCUUCAAUCACUCGACAUGCAGAAAAAUGGCCUGACUGAUGCAAGCAUGCCGGGGCUGCUCGCCUGCCUUUGCACGGCCGGAGUCCAGCUGCACAACGUGAAUCUGGCUAGCAAUCCCGAGGUAUGGUACAAAAAGCGAUUCUUGUGUCUGGGGCUUGAUGAGUCAGUCUUGUCCAUCGCAUUGAUUCGGGGCGCCAGAGCUAGGCGUUGA